AUGUUAAUGUGGCUAUGCUCUAUCUCUUACGUCAAGGGCUGCCACCCCCCCAUUACCUCGCCCAUCGACGACUGGCACAACGAGCCGUUGUCUCCGCUGGUCCAACCAGUUUCUUUGACUGUGGAUUUGUGCCGUCCAUUCGAGUUGGCACGCCUGCUUGAGCCUGUCAGCUCAUUGGCGGACCAUCUGCUUACCAAAGUGUCCCUCCAGCUGGACCCUCCGGCCGAAUCUUUGUGCCAUCUUAUCAAUCCGGCGCGUCUGCGUGUGCCAGGUCACUCAGGGGUAGGUGAACUAUCAAGCGCGAUGCAUACUGUUAGCUCGACGCGUCAUGUGGCAGAGCCGACAUUUCCACUUACCCAGAUGGACCACCCAGUUGCUCUUUCGUCUAGUUCCCUCAAGCCCGAGUGCUCGUGCCCUCUGUGUCUUAUAGUCGGGGCUGGAUGGUCGAUCAUGAUGAAUCACAUCUGUCCGUCCGGCCAAGCGGUCGAACCGACCCCAUUGUCCACUCACGCAGGCUCUCUGAUUUUUGCUACACACUCCUCUCUUGAGUCAGCACACCUGCAGUCAUCACACCACUCAGUAGCGACAUGUUCGACGAUCGCGACUCGUUCCACCAAUUCGGUGUACCUGGCGAUCGGGUUGGCAUCCUCCUAUGACUGGUUGGAUCCUCCAGGCGUUCCUGCUUGUCAACUUCUUGAUUCAGCAUAUCUGCAUGGGCUACGUUGUUUGCUGGUAGUCCAUCUACUGAUCCCGGUGCAAUCUACCAAAACGAUGUACCAGGCAUUUGGGAUAACUCCCUCACAGGUCCACUCAGAUCCUCCAGCCGAUAUCAUGCACCGCCUUCUCGAGCUGGCGCAUCCGUAUGGCCCGUCUGUGGCCUGUUCGCCAUUGGUAAUGCCACUUGUCAGUUUAGCGCAAUGCACGAUCAAGUCGUCCUUGCACGAUCAGCUGCAUCCACCGGUGAUACCGGUCUGCUGUCCUCUAGAAUCGGCGGGUAAUAUGAUCCACCACGCAUUUGAACCGCCGCCCUCGUUGGAUCUGUCAGACGCUGUGAUCGCUCCUGUGCAACGUUUCUCUGAGCAGGUCCAUUCACAAGCACAGACACAGCCAGAGCCUGAGCUGUUGCGGACGGAGCUACUACAGGCACAACUGUCCAGGACGCGACUCGGACCCACCAAACAGAUAUAUGCCAUGACAUUAUGCUUGGAAACGACAGGUAUGAUACGAGCGCCGCCGUGGCACCACCCUUGUGAGGUGUUGUACCUGCCAGAUAUGGCAUGCCACACCUCCAAGAUAUCGUGGCGGUCAUCAAACAUGGCACAUCCACCUGCCAAGCUCUGCUGUUUGAAGAUCUCUCAUGCCCAGCCGAAGGUGACCCUCACGGCAGUACAGGUCCUCAUCCAGACUGCAACCGCGGUUAGUUACCCACUGGGCCCGACCAAGGACAAACCUGGGAAGAUCUUCUAUACCCCGUUAGUGGUUUCAGGUGGUCCUAAGCCUGGUGAAUUACGCACCACACGGAGCUGUGCGAACUCAAGGCCAAGAGUAUCUAUAUGGCAUCACAAGAUUGACAACAAUAAAAUCCUGUCACAAGUUGUCCUUUUCCCUGCUGGCAGACUAAAUACUACUCUGCAUUGCCACGCGAGCCUGAACCUCGGUAGAGGAACCGUCGCCUUGACUCUGCCCGGAGGCUCGCAGUGGCACCCCUUACAGGCCAACCGCCUAUCUAUCUCAGCGUCCUCAACCGCUCCUGAGUCCACAGACGCGUCGUCAGACCAGUUGAAUCCGAUCAUCCUACUGCACCCUCCGGGAUGGUUCCAUUAUCUGAUCAGACGAGAAAACUCGCUUCCCAACCUGGUCCACCCUGUCUUCCCAGCAUCACACGGUACCGUUGGUCCAUCUCGACUGACUCCCAAACCCACACAAUCCUCCCGUGUCCUUGCACACUCACCCUCAGUUCAGUCACGUCGGCCCAGUGCAGGUGGAGAGAAGUCGAGCCAUCAAGGUCCAAUAACCAGGCUCCCAGAAAGUCAUUUCCUCCACCAUAGGACCGCCCCAGAGGAGACUUACAUCAGACAAGCCUUCAGCGACACCUUAUCAUUGCACCCGUUGAAUACAAAGGAUGAGAGAUCCAACUUGGGAUCAAACGUAUUAAACGAACUAGCCUCUCCCUCUUCCCUUCCAAGCCACCGCUGA